AGUGCCUGUAUGUGUGUGAGUGUGAGAGAAUGUGUGCGUGCGUGUGUGUGUGUGCGCGCGUGUGUGUGUCUCCGAGUCCCUGGGAGAGUGGAGGCUCAUUCACUGAUUAGAGCCAGCGCUGAGAGGCAGCACUGCUCCUUCUCUCACGCCAACCGAGUCUUUUGAUCUGUACAUGCAAUCCCAGGCAGCUCGCGAACACAAACCCGGGGCCAGCCGCCUACUGCUGCUGCUGCUGCUGCCGCUGCCGCUGCCGCCGCCGCCGCCGCCGCUGCCUCCGCCGGCUCUGCGCACCCGGGACUUUUCAUGCACCACACUCUCCGCCUGCGUCCCUCCGUGUCCUGAAAAGUGCGACCGUUCUCCCAAGGAAUUUCCACGGUCUUAGAAGGGAAUGAUUCCCCAGUAAUAUUCCCUGCCCUGACCCAAGGUGCCGCUUGGCCUGCCUCCCAGGGAAGACUGCUUCUUGUGUAACGCCGGCCACAGAAAGAGACUCCGAUGGACUUACACCGGGCAGCCUUCAAGAUGGAGAACUCAUCCUACCUUCCCAACCCUCUGGCAUCCCCAGCACUGAUGGUCCUGGCAUCCACGGCUGAGGCCAGCCGUGAUGCUUCCAUCCCUUGUCAGCAGCCACGACCCUUUGGUGUACCUGUCUCAGUUGACAAGGACGUGCAUAUUCCUUUCACCAACGGUUCCUAUACCUUUGCCUCUAUGUACCAUCGGCAAGGUGGGGUGCCAGGCACUUUUGCCAAUCGUGAUUUCCCCCCUUCUCUACUACACCUCCACCCUCAAUUUGCUCCCCCAAAUCUAGAUUGCACCCCAAUCAGUAUGCUGAAUCAUAGUGGUGUGGGGGCUUUCCGGCCCUUUGCCUCCACCGAGGACCGGGAGAGCUAUCAGUCAGCCUUUACGCCGGCCAAGCGACUUAAGAACUGCCAUGACACAGAAUCUCCCCACUUACGCUUCUCAGAUGCAGAUGGCAAGGAAUAUGACUUUGGGACACAGCUGCCAUCUAGCUCCCCCGGUUCACUAAAGGUUGAUGACACUGGGAAGAAGAUUUUUGCUGUAUCUGGCCUCAUUUCUGAUCGGGAAGCAUCAUCUAGCCCGGAGGAUCGGAAUGACAGAUGUAAGAAGAAAGCAGCAGCAUUGUUCGACAGCCAGGCCCCAAUUUGCCCCAUCUGCCAGGUCCUGCUGAGGCCCAGUGAGCUGCAGGAGCAUAUGGAGCAGGAACUGGAGCAGCUAGCUCAACUGCCCUCAAGCAAGAAUUCCCUUCUGAAGGAUGCCAUGGCUCCAGGCACCCCCAAGUCCCUCCUGUUGUCUGCUUCCAUCAAGAGGGAAGGAGAGUCUCCAACGGCAUCACCCCACUCAUCUGCCACCGAUGACCUCCACCACUCAGACAGAUACCAGACCUUUCUGCGAGUACGAGCCAACCGGCAGACCCGACUGAAUGCUCGGAUUGGGAAAAUGAAACGGAGGAAGCAAGAUGAAGGGCAGAGGGAAGGCUCCUGCAUGGCUGAGGAUGAUGCUGUGGACAUCGAGCAUGAGAACAACAGCCGCUUUGAGGAGUAUGAAUGGUGUGGGCAGAAGCGGAUACGGGCCACCACUCUUCUGGAAGGUGGCUUCCGAGGCUCUGGCUUCAUCAUGUGCAGCGGCAAAGAGAACCCGGACAGUGAUGCGGACUUGGAUGUGGAUGGGGAUGACACUUUGGAGUAUGGGAAGCCACAAUAUACAGAGGCUGAUGUCAUCCCCUGCACAGGCGAGGAGCCUGGUGAAGCCAAGGAGAGAGAGGCACUCCGGGGCGCAGUCCUAAAUGGCGGCCCUCCCAGCACACGCAUCACGCCUGAGUUCUCUAAAUGGGCCAAUGACGAGAUGCCAUCCACCAGCAAUGGUGAAAGCAGCAAGCAGGAGGCCAUGCAGAAGACCUGCAAGAACAGCGACAUCGAGAAAAUCACCGAAGAUUCAGCUGUGACCACGUUUGAGGCUCUGAAGGCUCGGGUCAGAGAACUUGAACGGCAGCUAUCUCGUGGGGACCGUUACAAAUGCCUCAUCUGCAUGGACUCGUACUCGAUGCCCCUGACGUCCAUCCAGUGUUGGCACGUGCACUGCGAGGAGUGCUGGCUGCGGACGCUGGGUGCCAAGAAGCUCUGCCCUCAGUGCAACACGAUCACAGCGCCCGGAGACCUGCGGAGGAUCUACUUGUGAGCUAUCUGCCCCAGGCAGGCCUCGCCUCCAGCAGCCCCACCUGCCCCCAGCCUCUGUGACAGUGACCCUCUCCCUUUGUACAUACUUGCACACAGGUUUCCCAUGUACAUACAUGCACAUACUCACACAUGUGUACACACACACACAUUUACACACGCAGGACUCUGGAGCCAGAGUAGAGGCUGUGGCCCAGGCACUACCUGCUGGCUCCCACCUAUGGUUUGGGGGCCAUACCUGUUCCAGCUCUGUUCCCAGGGUAGGGCAGGGAGGUGGGGGUUGGGGGAGUAGUGGGGCACGGCUCCUGAGAUGCAGCCCCCAGACUGACAGAUGGACAGACAGACAUGCAAACACCAGACUGAAGCACAUGUAAUAUAGACCAUGUAUGUUUACAAUGUUGUGUAUAAAUGGGACAACUCCUCGCCCUCUACCUGUCCCCUCCCCCUUUGGUUGUAUGAUUUUCUUCUUUUUUAAGAACCCCUGGAAGCAGUGCCUCCUUCAGGGUUGGCUGGGGGCUCGGCUCAUCCACCUCUUGGGGUACCUGCCUCUCCCUCUCCGUGGUGCCCCUUCCCUCUCCCACGUGCUCGGUGUUCAGUGGUGUAUAUUUCUUCUCCCAGACGUGGGGCACAUGCCCCAAGGGACAUGAUCCUCUCCUUAGUCUUAGCUCAUGGGACUCUUUAUAAGGAGUUGGGGGGGUAGAAGCAGGAAACGGGAACCGAGCUGAAGCAGAGGCUGAGAUGGGGGACGGGAAGACAGUGCUCCUGGCCACCCAGCCUCUGCUGAGAACCAUUUCUGGGAUUAGAGCUGCCCUUCCCAGGGAAAAGUGUCGUCUCCCCGACCCUCCCGUGGGCCCUAUGGUGUGAUGCUGUGUCUGUAUAUUCUAUACAAAGGUACUUGUCCUUUCCCUUUGUAAACUACAUUUGACAUGGAUUAAACCAGUAUAAACAGUU